GCGGGGGAGUUGAGAGAGAGAGAGAGAGAGAGCAUCGGUUGUCGCCCCGCUCCCACCUCUCUUCCCCCCUUUCCGCCGCCGGGAGCAGCAGCGCCUCGGUGAUGUGGCUACCCUUUUCGAUUCCGACCAUGAAAUUUGGUUCUUUCUUGGGGUUUAAUCCUUGGAAUUAAUGGGAUUCGCGUCCUGAUGAUGUGGUUCUGGCAUCUUCUAGGCCAUUGCAGCAGCAGCAGCAGCAAACUGUUGGCACCUAUGCACGCAAGGCUUAACAGAGAUUGGAACCUGAGAAGGCAUUUUCGAGGCCUUCAGUGCAGUUUAUCAGAAGAUGGCCAUGGCUGUCAAGGGAGAAAACCUUGUGGUCACGAAGCUAAAGCUCGAGAGGAUGCUCAGCAUGAAAGGUGGCAAGGGGGAGACCAGCUAUCUGAAGAACUCACAAGCUCAAGCUCGCCAUGCACGAGCCAUGCUGCACUUCCUGGAAGCAACGCUGAGCGCGAUGAAGCUUCCCUUGCUGGAGGACGGUGGCACGUUUGCCGUCGCAGACCUGGGCUGCUCAUGCGGCACCAACACGCUCUUCCUCAUGGGCAUCAUCGUCGAGCACGUAUCGAAGAUGUACGCUGCGCUCGGCCACGAUUCCCCCGAGUUCCAGGUCUUCUUCUCCGACCUCCCCUGCAACGACUUCAAUGUCCUCUUCCAGCUUCUCCCGCCACAGUUGAGCAGCAGUAGCCUGGAACAGUGCCUGGCGGCCGCCGAAGAGCAGCGGUCCUACUACGCCGCUGGCGUGCCCGGCUCGUUCUACGGCCGACUUUUUCCUUCUAGAUCCAUAAACGUCUUCAACUCCACCUUCUCCUUGCAUUGGCUCUCUCAGGUGCCCGAGCGGGUGACCGAUAAGCGAUCGCCGGCAUACAACAGGGGGCGGGUCUUCGUCCAUGGCGCGUCCGCGGACACUGCCGCUGCCUACAAGCAGCAGUUCCAGGCGGAUCUCGCCAGCUUCCUGCGCGCCCGCGCCGUCGAGAUGAAGGUUGGCGGCGUAAUGUUCCUCGUUUGCCUCGGCCGGACAUCCAUCGACCCGGCCGACCAAGGCGGCGCAGGUUUCCUCUUCGGCGCUCACUUCCAAGACGCUUGGAACGACCUCGUCGAAGAGGGUCUACUGGAGAGCGAGAAGCGUGACAGCUUCAACAUCCCCGUGUACGCCGCCUGCCUCAGGGAGUUCAAGGAGGUGGUGGAGGCCGAGGGCUCGUUCUCCAUCAACAAGCUUCAGGUCGUCAAGGGAGGCAGCCCGCUGGUGGUCAACCACCCAGAGGACGCCAGCGAGGUCGGGCGAGCGCUCGCUAACAGCUGCCGGUCGGUGGCCGGCGUGCUCGUGGAGGCGCACAUCGGCGAACGUCUGAGCGAGGAGCUGUUCGGGAGGCUGGAGCUCCGGGCGGCACGCCAUGCGAGGGAGCUGAUGGAGCAGAUGCAGUUCUUCCACAUCGUCGCCUCGCUCUCUCCCUCGAUCCCAUCUCAUCCCGCGAGCUGACGCAUUCCUGAUGAGCCCGUUCAUGCGAUUCCUUCGAUUCAUGACGUACGAGAUGACCGUAGAAGCAUUCAUGCAGUAAUCGGACAUGAGACUGU